AUGCAGUUUUGUAAUCGACGAUUGGACUACAUUCCCAUCAACUUCAUGCUUGGAUUUUUCGUUACAACGGUCAUAAACAGAUGGAUGACACAAUUUGCGAAUUUAGGCAUGAUUGACAAUAUUGCUUUAUUCACUUCAAUGUAUCUGAAUGGAAAUGACGAGAGAGGAAGAAUAUUAAGAAGAAGUAUUGUUAGAUUCUGCGUAAUGUCUCAAACUAUGGUAUUUCGUGAUAUUCAUAUUGGUGUUCGUAAACGUUUUCCUACCUUGGAAACGAUGGUUGCAGCUGGAAUAAUGACUUCUGCUGAUUUAAAAAAGUACAAUGAAGUGGAGAGCAGAUAUGCAAAAUAUUGGCUGGGAUUCAAUUGGUCAUUCAAUUUAUUGAACGAGGCGAGAAGAGAAGGACGGAUUGAAAGUGCAUAUACACAGAAUGCUAUUGCUGAGGAGAUUCGAACGUUCCGAAGUGGCUUAUCACUGAUUUGGACGUAUGAUUGGGUGCCACUUCCACUUAUGUACCCACAACUUGUAUUCUUGGCUGUUCAUUGUUACUAUCUCGUUUGCUUGGUUUCCAGACAGUUCGUGAUAAACUCAGAUGCUAAAAUGACAACGGAAAUUGAUUUGGGAGUUCCUUUUAUGACAAUUAUUGAGUUUAUAUUCUACAUGGGGUGGUUGAAAGUUGCAAUGGAUCUGUUGAAUCCUUUUGGAGAGGACGAAGAUGAUUUUGACUGCAACUUUUUGAUUGAUAGAAAUUUGACAGUUGCAAUGGGAAUAGUAGAUGACACUCAUGAUGAUGGACCACUUUUGGAGAAAGAUAUGUUCUGGAAUGACACUGUUUCUCCAUUAUAUUCGAAAGCGGCAGCACAAAGAAAUGUCAAUUUCUACUUUGGAAGUGCUACUAAUGCAGACUCACAAAUCCCAGAUGACGUUCGUCAAAUCACGAUGGUUCCUCAUCCAUUCAAUGAAAAACUCGAUCAAAUGUAUGGAAAGAGGACGAAUCGACCACCUGUUGAAAGUGUUGUUGAAUUGAAAAGAGAUCAAAGAUUUUCGAGUGGAAACAACAGAAAACAGACUGUGGAAGGAAGAAUCUCGAAUAAAAUUGGAGCAAUGUUCCAGAAGAGACACUCUAAAUCAUUAACAUUUUCUCCCGAAGGUUUCAACACGAAAGCGCGAGCUUCAACGGAUAUUGAGAAACUUCCAACAUUCAUGACGAAUCAAAAACCAUGUUACAGUAACCCUGACUGUAUUGUGGAAGUUGACGAAGAAGAACAACCGAAGACAUCGGAAGAAACAAAACAAGAACCGCCGAGGAAGAGAGUGAAUAUUUCCAAUAAAAGAGAAAGUGUGAUAUCAAUGGGAAGAUCCAGAUCAUUCAAUCACUUUGGGGAACAUGUAGAUUAUCAUGAUUACUACGAUUUCGAUAAGGAAUAA